CCUGAGACUCAGGAAAUUCACUCACAUUACCUGAAUUUCCUUCAAUUUUUCCAUCUUUUUAUUUCCAUAGAUAGAACAGAGAAUCCAAACCCAGCAUCAAACUCUCUUUCAGAUUCUCUAUUUUCUUUCAUUUUCCGUUCAUUUUCGCAUUAUUAGUGUCUGUUGAGAUGGAAUUCGCACACGAGAACGGCAAUGGGCAUGCUUCAGUGAAGAAAAAUAUCUGCUUGGAAGACCCUUUGAACUGGGGAAUCUCUGCGGAAUCUCUAAAGGGAAGCCAUCUGGACGAGGUGAAGCGUAUGGUGAGCGAGUACCGUAACCCCACCGUGAGAUUAGGAGGUAAGACACUCACCAUAGCUCAGGUGGCGGCAGUUGCCACACAGGACGACGGCGGUGUCACCGUGGAGCUCUCGGAAUCCGCGAGGGCCGGAGUGAAGGCGAGUAGUGAUUGGGUUAUGGACAGCAUGAACAAAGGCACGGACAGCUAUGGUGUCACUACUGGGUUCGGUGCAACUUCACAUAGGAGGACCAAACAAGGUGCUGCCCUUCAGAAGGAGCUCAUAAGGUUCUUGAAUGCUGGAGUGUUUGGGAAUGGAACAGAGUCUAGUCACACAUUGCCACACUCGGCCACAAGGGCAGCCAUGCUGGUUCGGAUCAAUACACUCCUCCAAGGCUACUCGGGUAUCCGGUUCGAAAUAAUGGAAGCCAUAGCAAAGUUCCUAAACCACAACAUCACUCCAUGCUUGCCACUGCGUGGGACCAUCACUGCCUCAGGAGAUCUCGUCCCUCUAUCUUACAUCGCAGGGAUCUUAACGGGCCGUCCCAACUCUAAGGCAAGGGGCCCAGAUGGAGAAUGGCUUGAUGCUUCCGAAGCCUUCCGUGCUGCUGGAAUCGAACAAACGGGAUUCUUCGAGUUGGGACCUAAGGAGGGUCUGGCCCUUGUCAAUGGUACUGCGGUGGGGUCCGGUUUAGCAUCUAUGGUCCUCUUCGAAGCUAACAUCCUAGCCGUCCUUGCAGAAGUCAUAUCAGCCAUCUUUGCGGAGGUGAUGCAAGGCAAACCGGAGUUUACAGACCAUCUGACCCACAAACUAAAGCAUCACCCGGGACAGAUCGAAGCUGCUGCCAUCAUGGAACACAUAUUGGACGGUAGCUCUUACGUGAAAGCAGCAAAGAAGCUACACGAGAUGGACCCCUUACAGAAACCCAAACAAGACCGCUACGCCCUCCGUACAUCUCCACAGUGGCUGGGCCCACUGAUCGAAGUGAUCAGAACGUCCACUAAGUCCAUCGAGCGUGAGAUCAACUCGGUUAACGACAACCCUUUGAUCGACGUUUCGAGAAACAAGGCCCUCCACGGUGGCAACUUCCAGGGGACCCCAAUUGGUGUAUCCAUGGAUAAUACCCGUUUAGCAAUCGGGUCGAUCGGAAAGCUCCUGUUCGCUCAAUUCUCCGAGCUGGUCAACGAUUUCUACAACAAUGGUCUCCCCUCCAAUCUCUCCGGUGGCCGGAACCCUAGUUUGGACUACGGGUUUAAGGGCGCCGAGAUUGCCAUGGCUUCUUACUGCUCAGAGCUUCAGUUCCUGGCGAACCCAGUAACCAACCACGUCCAGAGCGCAGAGCAGCACAACCAAGACGUUAACUCCUUGGGUCUCAUCUCUUCCCGGAAGACGGCCGAAGCAGUGGACAUCUUGAAGCUCAUGUCUUCUACAUUCUUGGUUGCUCUCUGCCAAGCCAUUGAUCUCAGGCAUUUGGAGGAGAACUUGAGGCAUACGGUGAAGAACACAGUGAGCCAAGUGGCAAAGAGGGUUCUAACCAUAGGAGUCAACGGAGAGCUUCACCCUUCAAGGUUCUGUGAGAAGGAUCUGCUUAAGGUAGUGGAUCGGGAAUACGUGUUCGCGUACAUCGACGAUCCUUGCAGCGCCACGUACCCUUUAAUGCAGAAGCUGAGACAAGUACUAGUGGAGCACGCGCUAAGCAACGGAGAGAACGAGAAGAAUGCGAGCACUUCCAUCUUCCAGAAGAUCAACGAUUUCGAGGACGAAUUGAAGACGGCUCUGCCAAAAGAAGUGGAAGCGGCACGGAGCGCAGUGGAGAGCGGGAACUCGGCGAUUCCGAAUGGGAUCGAGGAGUGCAGAUCGUAUCCUUUGUAUAAAUUUGUGAGGGAGGAGAUGAAAACUGAUCUUCUCACAGGGGAGAAGGUAAAGUCUCCCGGAGAGGAUUUCGACAAGGUUUUCACGGCGAUGUGCCAGGGCAAGAUCAUCGACCCUCUUCUCCAAUGUCUCAAGGAAUGGAACGGAGCUCCUCUUCCAAUCUGCUAGGCCAUGGAAAUUUAAUUUUUAAGUCUGCUACUAUACUAGUAUGAAAUAUUCAUCUUUUUUUUUUUUUCCAUUAAUUUCUGCACCAUAUUCUUCUUCUUCUGUUUGUUAGAUCAUGUCCUCUGUGAUUUCUCAAACUCGAAGAAGAAGUUAGAAGAAAUCCUCUGAAGUUUCUUUCGUUCCCUUUUUUUUACAGUCUUUGAAGUGCAACAUGAAAUGUAAUUAAUGUAUACCUCGUUCGUUGUAUCAUCAAAUUUUUCUUUGGCA